AUGUCUUUCCGGAGACGGGGGAACCACCAGGCAGCAGCAAGCAGCAGCUUCGAGAAGAGCCGCUGUCAGAUGCCGCGGCGACUGCGGCUGCGCGAGGGGCUGGACUGGAAGAGGGUCCCGCCCCAGGCACGUGCGCCUCAGUGCUGCGGCUCGGGAGCCUCUAUCGGCCACGCCCCCGGUGGCCACGCCCCUCUUCCAGCCCCGCCCCAGGUGCAUGCGCCUCGGGAGCCUCCGCCGGCCACGCCCAGACGGCCACGCCCCCUUGGUGAGCCCCGCCCCUCCCCGGGCGCGUGCGCGUGCGUGGCGGGCGCGCGCCAGCAUCCCCUCAGUGCUGCGGCUCUCCGGCGGCCGCGCCCAGUCAGCCCCGCCGCCGCCCGCCGCCCGCCGCCCGCCGUCAUGGACGCCAAGCCCACGGCCCGGCUGGGGCUGCCUCGCGCGCGCUCCCCCGGCGGCGCCCGACGGCCCCCGGCGCCCUCCGUCAGCUGCAGCCGACUCCGCCAGGUUCAAAGUAUCCUGACCCAAAGCAGCAAGUCUCAGCCUGAUGGGAUCCUCUGCAUCCUAGGAAUUGAUAGCAGGUACAAUGAGGGCUGUAGAGAGCUGGCAAACUAUCUCCUGUUUGGUUUGUACAAUCAGAAUACCAGUGAUUUUGAGAAAACAGGAUUUUCUGAAGAAGUUCUAGAUGAUAUAAUUAUAUUAAUAAAAUCAGAUAGUGUUCAUCUAUACUGUAAUCCUGUAAACUAUCGCUAUCUCUUACCUUAUGUGGCGCAUUGGAGAAAUCUGCAUUUCCACUGCAUGACUGAAAAUGAGUAUGAAGAUGAGGAAGCUGCAGAAGAAUUUAAAAUUGCUAGCUUUGUGGACAUGACUCGAGACUGUAGUAGAAUUGGCAUUCCGUACAGCUCCCAAGGUCACUUGCAGAUAUUUGAUAUGUUUGUUGUGGAGAAGUGGCCAGUUGUACAGGCCUUUGCACUUGAGGGCAUUGGAGGAGAUGGAUUUUUCACCAUGAAAUAUAAGUUGCAAGAUGUGAGUUUGAAUCUAUGGAAUGUCUACAGCAAGAUGGAUCCUAUGUCUCUGGAGAGUUUGCUUUCAGAAGAUUUGGUGACUUUCGAACAUCAAUGGUCGAACUUCUUUGCUAAUUUUGAUACAGAAAUUCCCUUCCUGCUGGAACUUUCUGAGUCUCAGGCGGGAGAGCCAUUCAGAAGUUACUUCAGCCAUGGAAUGAUCUCCAGUCAUAUAACUGAAAACAGCCCUAAUAGGCAGCCAUUUGUUCUCUUUGGCAAUCACUCGAUGAAAGAUAAUCUGAAUGCGGGCAACUUUAACUUCCCCUCUGAAGGGCACCUUGUACGAAGCACAGGUCCUAGUGGGAGCUUUGCCAACCACAUGGUAGUGCAAUGUGUCUCACCAAAAGGACCACUGGCUUGCUCAAGAACAUACUUUUUUGGAGCUACUCACAUUCCUUAUUUGGGUGAAGACAGCAAGCCCCCUAAGAAAACUGAGCAAAUUAGGCUCUUGUCACAGGUCUAUGUUGCUGUUAUUGAGGCUGUUUUGGCUGGCAUUGCAUGUUAUGCUAAAACUUCCAGUCUAACAAAGGCGAAGGAGGUCGCAGAGCAGACCCUGAUGUCUGGGUUAGAUCACAUUGAGGCAAUGUGGUUUAAGGUAAUCCUACGCUCCAACAUGACUUUUCAUAUCCAUGCUGUGAACAAUCAAGGAAGAAUCAUGCCUCUGGAGAGUAAAGAUAGCCUAUACUAUGUGAAAACGGCUUGUAUGACUAUCUAUGACAUCCCUGACUUGCUGGGAGAAAAAGGAUACUUAGGAUCUGUGGUCUUUUCAGAAUCAUUUUUGACAUCUCAAGUCUUAGUUAAAGAAAAAGAUGGCACCGUGACUUCAGAAACCAGCUACAUAGUCCUGACAGCGGCUGUACCCAGAUUCUGCUCCUGGAUGGUAGAAGAUAGUGAGGUAAAAUUAUCUGAGAAAACCCAGCAGAUGGUGAAGGGGGACGAGUGUUUCUUGGGUACUUUCCUGAUGGGAGGAGAAGGAGCAUAUCUUUAUCCCAGCAGCCUCGAGUCCUGGCCUGAGGAAGGAAAAUUAUAUUUAUUCUCUAAUGGCCUCCUGUUUUCUCAUCGCCAUCAUGGAAGUAUCAUCAUUUCCAAAGAUCACAUGAACUCCAUUUCAUUCUAUGAUGGGGAUUCUACCAGUACCGUGGCUGCCCUUCUGAUUAGCUACAAACACUCUCUGCUUCCUCAUCUCCCAGUCCAUUUCCAUGGGUCAAGCCGUUUUCUGAUGAUUGCCCUUUUCCCCAAAUCAAAGAUAUACCAAACGUUUUACUCAGAGGUCUUCUCCCCCUGGCAACAGCAGACUAACUCAGGGAUUUCUUUAAAAGUGAUCCAGGAAGAUGGAUUAUCUGUGGAACAAAAGAGAUUACAUUCCAUUGCACAGAAGCGCUUCAGUGUCUUGAACCUUUCAGUUGGAGAAAAAUGGAAUCCUCUAAAGCUACUCUCAGCCAAACUCCCACAGCUGGACUCAUUUCUCCAGAGUUUUGCUAUUGGCAGCAUUAGUCAGGAGCCUGUGAUGAGGAUCCAUCUCCCUGUCCUGCUGCAGCAAGCUACUGCCAGCUCUUCUCCAAGACUAGAAAAUGACAAGAUGAUUAUCAACAUUAUAACUGGUCUCCCAGGCUGUUAUGCUAGCGAGCUCGGUGCUUUUCUGGUCACGCUGCAUAAGGAAUAUGGCAGGUGGCUGGUGUACCGCCAAAUCUUGGACAGCUCCAACUGCUUCCGUGCUGCCCACUUCCAGAGAUUCCUUUCAAGUGCUAUGGAGGCACAACAGAAUCGUUCAGCCCGCCAUUCAGCCCACACCCGCAAGAAGACCAGGCUGUUGGUGGUCUUACAAGGAUAUACAGACAUUAUUGAUGUUGUCCAGGCCCUGCAGACCCAUCCAGACUCAAAUGUCAAGUCCUUCUUCACCAUUGGUGCCAUCACCGCUUGUGUGGAACCACUGAGCUGCUACAUGGAUCACAGAUUUCUUUUUCCUAAAUGCCUUGACCAAUGUUCACAAGGCCUGGUGAAUAACAUCGUCUUCACCAGUCUCACCACCGAACAGAGGCAUCCUCUCCUGGUUCAGCUGCAGAACCUCGUCAGGGCUGCUAAUCCUACUGCAGCAUUUAUUCUGGCAGAAAAUGGGCUGGUCACCAGGAAUGAAGACAUUGAGAUGAUUCUCUCUGACAGUAGUUUUUCAAGUCCCCAGAUGCUUCGAUCUCGAUAUUUAAUGUUCCCUGGCUGGUAUGAAGGUAAAUUUACUGCUGGAUCAGUCUUUCCACUAAUGGUUCAGAUCUGCGUGUGGUUUGGACGCCCCUUGGAGAAAUCGCGCUUUGUGGCCAGGUGUAAAGCCAUCCAGGCCUCCAUCAAGCCAAGUCCCUUCUCUGGAAACAUCUACCACAUCCUGGGCAAAGUAAAAUUCACAGACUCUGAGAGGACUAUGGAGAUCUGCCACAACACCUUGGCCAACUCUCUGAGCAUUGUGCCCGUUUUGGAGGGGCCCACACCACCCCCUGAUUCCAGAGGUACCCCUGCAGCCAACAGUGGGCAGCAGGAGAGCUACCUUGUGUUCAUCGGCUGCUCCCUGAAGGAGGACAGCGUCAAGGACUGGCUGCGGCAGUCAGCUAAACAGAAGCCCCAGAGGAAAGCCCUGAAGACCAGAGGGAUGCUGACCCAGCAGGAGAUCCGGAACAUCCACGUAAAGCGCCACCUGGACCCCCUGCCUGCAGGCUAUUUUUAUAAUGGCACCCAGUUUGUCAACUUCUUUGGUGACAAGACUGAUUUUCAUCCACUCAUGGACCAGUUCAUGAAUGAUUACGUGGAAGAAGCCAACCGGGAAAUCGAAAAGUAUAACCGUGAGCUGGAACAGCAGGAGUAUCACGACCUCUUUGAGCAGAAGCUGUAGGAGGAGGCCUGGAGAUGGACAGAGGGUGUCUGGUUCUGCUCCAGAAGCCCUCCUCGAGGGCCCACUUUUGUUCCCCUUGGCCUUCCUGCCAGCUUUGAGUGCAUGUUGUCUUUCCUUUCUAUGCAGCGCUGAUGAGCAUCACCUAAACACUGAUGGAUCCUCAUGCCGGUGGAGCAAACCACCCUGUGUUGUGUGCACAGCUGGCAGCUCCAGAUCCGCCAGGCCUCUGGUACCACAGUCUCCCCUGGGCUAUGGAGGCACUAUGGGUAAGGGCAGUAGGGGAAGCCUUCAAAGUACGCAGAAGAACCACUGGCAUAUAGAGGAACCCAGACUGCCCAACAGUCCAUUACUGUACCUGGAAAACCAGGACUUCAGGGGAUGUGGAGGGACACACAGCACAAGCCCAACCCACAGAGCCAGUAUAGCCUGAGAUCAGCAACAGCUUCUGACCCGGGACAAUUCCCCCACAGACUGCCCAAGCUGAGGGGAAGGCACAUCCGCUUUUUUGAAACGUGAGCACAGGCGUUCCCUCCCGGAUUGGUCUUGCACUCCUUAUCAUGGCUCUGAUUUACCUGAUUGGAGACAAGCACCAAUCCCCACUCAAGCCUUCCUGCUGAGUCUUUGUCUCACUUGAGGGGACUGCCCUACUUGGGCCCUGGCUCCGGUCACUUAAAGUGGGGAGUUCCUCAGAGGGUGUUCUGCCUCCAGGACUCAGACCCUCUCCUCAAUCUUGCCUGGGAAGGCCUAUUUUUCGGCCACAAACUUCAGGAAAAAAAUCACACCUUGAAGCAUUGUUGUUGGUUCCUGAGGACCAGGAAUUUUAUAGUCCAGUAUCCAAGUUAAAUUUCUUCCAGUGGGGGCCAGAUUGAUAGCACAGCAGGUCGGGAGGGCAUUUGCUUUGCUUGUGGCCCAGGUUGGGUUCGAGCCCCGGCAUCCCUUAUCAUAUGGUCCUGAGUCUGCCAGAAGUAAUUUCGAAGUGCAGUGCAGGAGUAACCCCUGAGCACCACCAGGUGUGGGCCCCCCCCCCCCCAAAAAAAAAGAAUUUCUUUCAGUGAUCUAUGAAACAAAGAACUGCCAAGUGCACCUCAUGCCCAGCUUCCAGGUUAAGUACGGGCAUAGGGAAGCCUCAACACUGAUACAAGGUGAUAGCUGUUCAGAUCUCAGCGUGCCGCUUGCCUAGACUGUAAAUGCUUUCUGAAUCUCAAGAGUUUUUUGCAUGCCUUAGGAAGAAGCACAUAGAUGAAACCAGCAUUUCUUAGUAGCAUGGAGGGUGUUAGAGUGUAGGAUGGAGUACCUGGGUCUACAGGCCUUCAUGCAAGUAACCAAGCAGCCCCUACGGGCUCACCAGCAAACUGAUUUUUUUU